AUGCCCGCCGGUGCCGCCAUCCCUGGUCUGUUCUUCUGCUUCACGGCGAUGGUUCUGCUAGUAUUCGUCUCUGUGUCCGCCCCGACCUGGAACAAGAUAUAUUUCCUGGACGCAAAUAAGAGCAGUCAAGACAUUCAUUUCGGCGUGUUCGGGUACACGGGCACAGGGACCUCCUUCGGAUAUUAUUUCGAUGCAGACACGCUUGGCGACUCGCGACUUAACGACGAAAUUAUUCACAACCUCACCAAGACUUUGAUUCUCCACCCAAUUGCUGCCGGCCUCUCUGGUCUUGCAUUCCUUUUCGGACUCCUCGGGGCUUCAUACCAUCGCGCAGGAACUGUUCUCAUGACCCUCACCGCCGCGCUCGCAUUCCUCACCACCCUCGUCGCCUGGGUCCUCGAUAUGGUCCUCUUCGGCAUCGCACGCAACCGCUUCCGCGACAAUGGAUUCAACUCGCAAUAUGGUAACGCCACCUGGAUGACGCUCGGCGCUACGGCCUCCUUGUUACUGGCCUUCUGCACUGCUGCUCUUGGUGUCUGUGGGCCCUACAGGCGCCGCAAGACUGAGGCCACUUACUGA